AUGUUAUUGUUUCAUUCUUUGAUGAUUCAUGGAGAUACAUACAAUGUUGGUGAUGAGAAAGGUUGGACGUUUCGUGUUCAAAAUUGGCCUUCAGGAAAAUCUUUUAAGGAAGGUGACAUACUCGGAACCAAUGUUUAUGAAUCAGGAGCAGAUAAAAUUAGACUUGUUAAGGGAAUGAACUAUUUCAUAUGUGGUGUUGGUCGUCACUGCGUCCUUGGAAUGAAAAUUGCAGUAUAUGCUAAUUAA